AUGUUGGAACUUAGGGCACUGAACAACUGUGGCUCCAGCGAUCGACAACUGUCCCUCAGGAGGCAAGAAUACCAGAGCUCAAUUCUAGUUCCUACACUGGAAACCUGGUUCUGGUUCCUCUUGCUGCUGUUGCUACUGCGGCUGCACAGCUCCCUAGUGUUCCAACUGCUUACCACCAUUUCUUCUUCCUUUGAGCCUGGGAGAAUGGAGCAAGGACUAGUGUGAAAGUGCCCACCUCUCCAGCUCCCUGACCUCCAGCUCCAUGAUUUCCUAGUGACCCUGGCAGGUAGUCUGGAAUGGGAGCCAAUACUAGGGCUACUAGAGGAUGUGCUGGCAUUGCUGGGACAGAAGCAGACUUCCUAGGACUUCCUGGCACGUCAGACAGGUGUUCUGGAUGGACUCAUGGAGGUGCUGUUCCUGGGGAUGAAUGACACUGUCCUAACAUAGCCCCCAUGUGCAGAUGGGCCCUCUGACUACACCCUGGCUGCUGACUGGUCGUUUCCUCUGCUACUACAGCUGCUGUUAGAGAGCACUGCAGGCAGCAGAGAGUCUGGUGUGGCACAGGUUGUAGGGGAGGGAGCUACCCCUUACUUUUUGCAGGGUUUGUUGAGCCUGCUUACCCCGCCAAGGGAGCUGGGCUCUAAGGAUGCUCUUUGAGGUGGUCUGCUAUGCACAGGGGAAAGUCCCUCUCCACACUGCCUUCCAGGAAGGGCGGAUCUGAGUUACUCCUUGCAAGAUGAACUCUCCACUCUAGACAAGCAAGAGCCUGGUGCCAAUGAGCAACAUCAAGGGGGUGAGUGAUGCUGAGGCUGGGGCUGGGCAGUGACGGGACAAGAAGGGUGAGACUGAGGUAGUCCUCUUCCUCUUUUUCUCCUAGGUAACAUUUAUUUAUUUAUUGUGGUACGGGGAUUGAACUCAGGAUUUUGCACUUGUCAGGCAGUUGCUUAUGUCGCUGAGCUAAAUCUCCAGCCCUCUCCUAGAUAACCUUUAACAGCUGCUCCUUUUUUUUUUUUUUUCUUUUUGACUUUUUGGGUUCUUGACAGUGUCUCACUGUGUAGUAUAGGCUGGCCUUGGACUCUCUCUAUAGUCCUGGCUGACCUCAAACUCACAGCAAUUCUCCAGCCUCAGCCUUUCAAGUGCUGAGAUUACAGAUGUGUACCAGCACAUCUGGCUUGCUCUUUUUUUUUUUUUAAUUUGUUUUUCUACCUUGUGGUAAAAUACACAUGACAUAAAACUUCCCAACAGCUGCCCUUAAGGAAGUAACAAAAGACCAGUUCUGAGGGUGUGGGCUUGGGAAAUCUGGAGGUGGAGAGCUGAAAGCAGCAGGCUCCAGAGCCAAAGAGAAAUCUGAUGAAAGGAGGAGUGUGGUUCAGGAGUCUUGGAGCGUGGCUUCUGUGUAAGUGUUUUGGUUUCUGUGCUUUUCUGUGACCCCAUUUGUGAAAUAAAAUGGUAAUAGUAGCUACUAUAGAGGUACAAGGGAUUAAAUGAGUUGAUAACCACAUGUGUAAAUUACUCAGAACAGUGCCUCGAACAUAGGGUUUAAUAAAUGUUAGCUAACAAAAUUGGGCUAUGGAAAAAAACUAUCAAGAGUAGAUUUCUCUCCUACUUGGAUAACUGGUAAAAAAAAAAAAAAAAAAAAAAAAGACUAGAUUUCUCCACCCUGUCACUAAUUCAGUACAACAGUACCAGAGCAGACAUUUUCAACUGCCAGGGGGAUUUCCUUAUAUGGGGCCAAUCAAAAAUUGUUUAAACAAUCUAAAACCAGAUGAAGGCCGGUGUGGUGGCACAUGCCUGUAAUCCCAGAACUGGAGAGGCUGCAGCAGGAGGAUUGCUGUGAGUUUGAGGCCAGCUUGAACUACAUGGUGAGACCCUGUUUCGAAAACACCCAAAACAAAACAACAGAUAAAAAAAGAGAGAAAGGAGGGGAGCUAGUGGAUAGAGGGAAUCCAGCUGGGGCUGCUCCAGGUGGCUUUGUGUCUUGGUAGCACAGAACUCUCUCUCGUCUCCCCCAUCUCAGUAUUUAUACCAAUAAAAUCUAAACUUGCAGAUGUCUCACUUUUGAGACAUCUCUCAGUAUGGUUGCCACACCCUUCAGGACUAUGAGCAAGGGUCAGAAUCUUCAGCUGGAAGAAGCCUAUACUGACCAGAUCCUGCCUGUUUCUCCCUCCUCACUAAGGACACCAGCACACCCUUCCCUGGGAUGUGCAGGCACUGGGCUUUCUGUCCAGACCUCUGUCCUGCUCCACUACC